AUGCAUUUUGACAUUGAAGAGGAAGAUAUAUCUGAUGUUUCCUCUGAGUCAGACACUGAGUCUAUUGUACUUAUGGAUGAUGAAACUGAAAUGGAACUUGAAGAGCCAUCAACAGCAUCACAUGGAAUCUCAAGUGAUCCUGCUUUCUGGCCUGAAAAUAUAGAUGACCAACACAGAAUAACUUUGAUAAAAAUUGGUCCUGUUCAAGAAAAGGCUUUUACUUUUCCAAAAGAUGAUACCAACAGGAGCUUUUCUAUCUCUUACUACCAAAGAGUACUGGAUAAUGGAGAGAAGAUACCAAGAAAUUGGUUGAUCUAUUCUACAGCUAAUAAUUCGGUCCAGUGUUUUGCUUGCCGGAUAUUCAACAGUGACAAUAUGGCUUUGGCCUCAAAACAAGGCUUUAAUGAUUGGCAGCAUCUGACAAGACAUUUAAGCCGACAUGAAAAAACCACAAUCCAUAUCACAAAUUAUAAGAAAUGGAUGGAUCUUUCAAGAGCUCUGGAAAAGGGAACAACCAUUGAUCAUAUCAAUCAAAAGAUCAUUAAACAAGAAGAGAAACGCUGGUAUUCUGUCAUACAGCGAAUAAUCUACAUUAUCCAAUAUUUAGCAGGACAAAAUCUGGCGCUUCGUGGCUGUGAUGCCCGUUUGUUUCAAAACAAUAAUGGUAACUUCCUGAAAUUGGUUGAAAUGAUAGGGAAAUUUGAUCCCAUCAUAUCUGAACAUAUUCAGAGAAUUCAGUGCUCCAUUUCACAGCAUUCACAAAUGCCACAUUAUCUCGGUUACAAGAUUCAGAAUGAGAUAAUUGCCAUAGUUGGCACAAAAAUAAGAGAAAAAAUUAUACGAAGCCUAAAUGAGUCCAAAUAUUUCUCCAUUAUCCUGGAUUGUACUCCUGAUAUGAGCCACACUGAGCAGAUUAGUAUUGUUGUCCGAUUUGUUGUUCUAGAUCAAAGUGCAAAAAAAAUUGAAGUUCGAGAACACUUCCUUGAUUUUUGUCCAGUAAACAAUACAACAUCUGAAGGACUGACAUCCUUUUUACUGGCCUACCUAAAGAACAAUCACAUUGCAAUUGAGAAUAUGCGUGGCCAAGGCUAUGACAAUGGCGCAAACAUGAAAGGAAAACAUAAUGGUUUGCAGCAAAGAAUACUCAAUAUCAAUCCAAGAGCCUUUUUUGUGCCAUGCAGUGCACAUACUCUCAACUUGGUGGUGAAUGACGCUGCAAAGAUUUCAUUCCUGACAAUAGAUUUCUUUGGCAUCGUUCAAGAACUUUAUGUGUUCUUUGCCUCAUCCACCCAACGGUGGCAAGUACUCAAGGAGCACGUUACAAAUCUAACUUUAAAACCACUCUCCGAAACCAGAUGGGAAAGCAGAGUUGCAGCAAUUAAACCCUUGCGAUAUUUCCUACCUGAGGUAUUUGAUGCACUGUAUGACAUCUCAGAUGAUGACAACAGGGACAUUAACACUAAACAUCAAGCUCAAUCCUUGGCAACGAAAAUAAAAUCAUUCAAAUUCAUCUGUUCCAUUGUCAUUUGGUAUGAAUUAUUAUCAAAGGUGAAUGUGAUCAGCAAAAUAAUGCAGCAAACAACAUCAAACCUAUCAGGCUGUGUACAGGAACUGGAGAAGUUGAUCAAGCACUUGGUGGAAUACAGGUCUGAUGAAGGCUUUGAGAAUGCGCUAGCUGAUGCCAAAGGAAUAGCUGAAAAGCUUGAUUGUGAAGCAAAAUUUCCUGAUGCAUUUACAAUUAGACCUCGACGGAAAAAGAAGAUUUUUGACUAUGAACAUGAAGAUGAGUCUCUUGCAGACCCUACACAAUAUUUUAAAGUGAAUUUUUUCUUUGCCGUUUUGGACACAUCCAUCCAGUCCAUAAAUGAGAGAUUCACAUUACUUCAGAGCCACUGUGACACAUUUGCAUUUUUAUAUGAAAUCCCAAAACUUGGGAUGGACAAAAAGGAUAUAUUGAAGUGUUCCAUGGAUCUGCAAAACAAAUUAACUGACAGCCAGUUAUCCCACUCUGACAUUAAUGGAAUAGAUCUUUGUGAUGAACUGGACACCAUUCGACCUUUUCUAACCCAGGAGAUGACAGUCACCAACAUCUUGCAGUAUCUAGUGGAGAAUAACUUGACCAACACAUUCCCAAACCUUUCUGUUUCACUGAGAAUAUUGAUGACACUUCCUGUAAGUGUAGCUGCUGGGGAACGUUCAUUUUCCAAACUAAAGCUGAUAAAAAAUUAUCUCCGUUCCACGAUGUCCCAGGCAAGACUUACCAACUUAUCCAUUAUAUCCAUUGAAAAAUCCUUCUGCGAAGACUUGGAUAUAGAUGAUGUGAUUAGAAAUUUUGCUGUUGCCAAGGCUCGAAGAGUUCGUUUUGUUUGA